UAAUAUAACUAUCUAAAAACAGAGCAUCCAAAUAACAGGGUUCUUCACUUCUCCUCCUCCGCGAUUCCUUCCCUCUCCGUCGACUUUGGAUGACGAUGAUUGAGCAGGCCAAUCCCGGAAAUCCCGGCCCACCGGAUUUCUCUCACCUCCAAGCCACUAUGCAAGCCAUCGAGAUGGCCUGCACUUCCAUUCAGAUGCAUGGCAAUCCAGCUGCCGAAGCCACCUUAUUGUCAUUAGGCCAGUCACCAAGUCCCUACCAGACAUGUCAAUUCAUUCUAGAAAAUUCUCGAAUCGCAAAUGCAAGAUUUCAGGCUGCUCGAGCUAUUAAAGAUGCAGCCAUAAGAGAAUGGAGUUUUUUGGAGGCUGAUGACCGGAAGGGGUUGAUCAGUUUCUGUUUAUGCUAUAUCAUGAAACAUGCCGAUUAUCCUGAGGGUUUUGUCCUAGUUAAGGUCGCAUCUGUGGCUGCUCAAUUGCUGAAAAGAGGAUGGCUAGAUUUUCCAGCUACAGAGAAGGAGGCAUUCUUCCUUCAGGUGCAACAAGCAGUCAAUGGGAGUCAUGGUUUGGAUGUGCAGUUUGUUGGAAUCAAUUUUCUAGAAGCUUUGGUAUCUGAAUUUUCACCAUCCACAUCCAGUGCUAUGGACCUUCCUAGAGAAUUCCACGAGCAGUGUCGAAUAUCUCUAGAACAGGACUACAUGAAGGCAUUCUACUGUUGGGUGCAAAAUGCUGCCUUUAGUGUGUCAAAUAAAAUUAUUGGGACCACUUCUGAAAUACCUGAAGCCAAAGUCUGUUCAGUGGCACUUCGUUUUAUGCUUCAAAUCCUGAACUGGGACUUCCGAGGCAAGGGUGCUGCUGAGAAUUCAAAAAGAGGGAUGGAUGUUUUUUAUGAUGAAAUUAAGCAAGAUAGUGACUCACCUAGAAGGACUGAAUGUAACUUGGUGCGGCCUGGUCCUGCCUGGCUUGAUGUGUUGAUUUCAAGUGGUCAAGUUGGAUGGCUUUUGAACUUCUAUUCUGCACUACGGCAAAAUUUUUCCAGUGAUGGAUACUGGCUUGAUUGCCCUCUUGCAGUUUCUGCUCGAAAACUUAUAGUGCAACUUUGCUCCUUAACAGGAAGUGUAUUUCCAUCAGACGGUGGGCACAUGCAAAGGCAAUACCUUCUGCAACUGCUAGCUGGAAUUGUACAAUGGAUUGAACCUCCUGAUGCUGUUGCAAAAGCAAUAAUUUCUGGAAAAAGUGAAAGUGAAAUGCUGGAUGGCUGUCGUGCCCUGAUGUAUGUGGCAACAGUGACUACCCCAGUUGUCUUUGAUCAGCUGUUGAAAUCUUUUAGGCCUUAUGGCACAAUUGCUUUAUUAUCGGCCCUAAUGUGUGAAGUAAUCAAAGAUCUCAUGCAAAAUCACACGGAAGAAGAGACGUGGAGUUGGGUGGCGCGGGACAUCUUACUGGAUACUUGGAUAACCCUUCUUACGUUGGAUGGUAGUGGACGUAAUCAUUCACUUCCACCUGAAGCCAUCAGUGCAGCAGCCAAUCUCUUUGCAUUGAUUGUAGAAUCUGAGCUGAAGGCUGCAUCAGCAUCAGCCUUUAACGAUGAGGAUGAAUAUGAUGAGUACAUUCAUGCUUCUGUUUCUGCUAUGGAUGAAAGGCUUAGCUCUUAUGCUCUAAUUGCUCGAACGGCUUUAGGGACCGCAAUCCCUCUUCUCACCGAACUUUUCUCAGAGCGUAUUAAUAAGCUUCAUCAGGGCAGAGGCAAAAAUGAUCCAACUGAAACUCUCGAAGAAAUUUAUUCUCUUUUACUCAUAAUCGGGCAUGUUUUGGCUGAUGAAGGACAGGGUGAAACCCCUAUGGUGCCAACUGAGAUAGAAAGCCACUAUACAAACAUUGUGGAGGUGGAUAAGCAUCCGAUUGUCAUACUUUCUGGCUCAAUUAUAAGGUUUGCUGAGCAAAGUUUAGAUCCUGAAUUGAGAACAUCAUUUUUUAGUCCUCGACUUAUGGAGGCUGUUGUCUGGUUCCUGGCGAGAUGGGCUGCAACCUACCUGAUGCCACCUGCAGAAAGUAGAGGAAACAAAGGCAGCUAUAACCAGCACUCCACUAAUGUGUUGCUUAGUUUUUGUGGAGAGAAUAAUCAAGGAAAAAUUGUGCUAGACAUCAUUAUUCGUAUUUCUUUGACUACACUUGUCUCUUAUCCAGGGGAGAAGGAUUUGCAGGCGCUCACGUGCUACCAAUUAAUUCAUGGACUUGUAAAGCGAAAAAAUAUUAUUUCACACCUUGUUACCUUGGACUCAUGGCGUGAGUUUGCAAUUGUUUUUGCUAAUGAAAAAGUAUUUUUCUCAUUAAAUGCGGCUCAUCAGCGCUCCUUAGCCCAGACACUUGCCUUAUCAGCUUCUGGGAUGAAAACUAGUGAAGAAUCAAAUCAGUAUAUGGGAAGUUUGACAAGCCAUAUGACAACCUAUUUGGUGGAACUGUCAAGCAAGAAUGAUCUCAAAGUCAUUGCUCAACAACCUGACAUAAUUUUUCUGGUUACUUGCUUGUUGGAGCGUCUUCGUGGAGUUUCCAGAGCCACAGAACCUUGUACACAAAAGGGAAUUUAUCUGAUGGGAAUCUCAGUGAUGAACCCUAUUCUGAUCUUUCUUCAAGCGUACAAAGAUGAGCCUGUAGUUGUCUAUCUUCUACUCAAAUAUGUUACCACUUGGGUGGAGGGUCAAAUCAUCUACUUAGAAGCUCAAGAAACAGCUGCUGUCAUUGAUUUCUGUAUGCGAUUGUUUCAGCUUUACUCAUCCCAAAAUAUUGGCAAGAUUUUAGUUAGCCGGUCAAGCAGUUUACAUACUGAAGCAGAUGCAGAUAAAUACAAGGAUUUGCGAGCACUUCUACAACUUCUUUCAAGUUUAUGCGCCAAAGAUUUGGUUGAUUUUUCAUCUGAACCUGUUGAAUCAUACAGCAAUAAUAUAUCUCAGGUGGUAUAUACAGGUCUUCACAUAGUAGCUCCUUUGAUUACUUUGGACCUGCUGAAGUACCCCAAACUCUGCUAUAGGUAUUUCUCACUGUUGUCGCAUAUGUUGGAGGUGUAUCCUGAAAUAGUCUCACAACUGAACAUUGGGGCAUUCAGUCACAUACUUAGUACACUUGAUUUUGGUCUUCAUCACCAGGACAUUGAGGUUGUUGAUUUGUGUCUUCAAGCUAUAAAAGCACUAGCAUCCUUCCAUUAUAAAGAAGUAAGUGCUGGUAAAGUUGGGUUGGGAUCGAAUACCACCAGCUGUAAGGAUACCGAUGGAAGAAUUCAUGAAGGCAUCCUCAGUCAAUUCCUUCGUAAAUUGCUGCAGCUUCUCCUUUUUGAUGAGUAUAGUGUCGAUCUUGUUUCCUCUGCAGCAGAUGCACUCCUUCCAUUGAUACUCUGUGAACAGAGUGUGUAUCAGAGCUUAGCAAAUGAGUUGAUAGAAAGGCAGACAAACCAAAUGUUCAGAUCUCGCCUAACAAAUGCGCUCCAGUCUCUGAUAACCGCAAACAAUCUCUCGUCCAAUCUUGACCGUCCCAAUUAUCAGAGAUUCAGAAAAAAUCUGCACAGCUUUCUCAUAGAAGUUCGCGGAUUUCUCCAUACUGUAUAAGCAUGCAGGCAAAAAACUGUACAUUCUUUGGAGACCAUAGUUUCUACUCAAGUUCCAGUCCGAGUUCGAUCCUCCAUUGAUAUGUUUCCCAGGAAAGGCUGUCUAGUAUCGAUCUUGAUCUUUUGCAUAAACUACUGUAUAAUGAAAAGGUUUACAGGCGCUCGCCACAUUGGAUUGGACCGGUGUCCCCAUUCUGGAACCAUCUUACUGGAAAUACUUGAAAAGAGAAGCUUGGAAGAUUUUUGUGCAGAUUGCUUUAUGGUGAGUUUUGAGUAUGAUGAGCACAUACAUUUGUGAGUUUAUCUCCUCUUUUUGUCUCUUUGGUGUUUAGGUUUUUGGUUUCAUUUUUAAGAACAGUUUACUUGUGGUGGUGAUGAUGAUGUUGUGUUUAGACAGCUUUGCAAGAUAUAUCUGAAUCCUGAUUUGCUGCAAAACAAUAUUCAUUCUUUAUGAGAUUAUUUAUACAUGUUAAUGAGAACAAAUGCUUAUUGUU